AUGUACUCAUCUCAAUAUUGUCCAAGUUUGCGCUGUGUACACAAGUCCAUUGGAGAUCUCUGUAAUAUUGUGUUGAUAAAUUUGAAGAAUUGUACAAGCCUUUGCAGUCUUCCAAAAGUGAUAUAUAAGUUGGAAUCUUUGAAAACUCUCAUCCUAUCUGGUUGUAAGAUGAUUGACAAAUUGGAAGAAGAUAUACAGGAGAUGGAAUCCUUGACAACUCUAAUUGCUGAAAAUGCUGUUGUGAAAGUUCCCUUUUCAAUAGUAAGCUCCAAAAGCAUUGGAUAUCUCUUUCCAUGUGAGUUUAAAGGAUUCUCCGAUGAUGUUUUACCAUCUAUUAUUUGGUGCUGGUUGUCACCGACAAUGAAUCCCCUGUCUCGUAUUCUUCCGUUAUGUGGCAUAUCAGCAUCUCUAAUUUCCAUGAAUAUGCAAAACAUUGAUUUGGGUGACCUAGCACCGAUUCUUACCAACCUUUUAAAUCUUCGAAGUGUUUGGGUGCAAUGUGACACGGAGUUUCAAAUAACUAAGCAAGUAAGAAAAAUUUUGAAUGACGUACGAUGGGUACAUUUCACUGAGUUAGGACUGGCAUCCUGUACAUCAGAAAUUUCAGACAAUUCCUUGAGAUCUUAUUUGAUUGGAAUGGAGCUCAAAGAAGAAGACUGCAAUACUCUAAACAAGAGCAUAUCUAAGGAAUUGGCAACCAGUGGAUCUUGUCAUGUUUUGCUGCCAGGAGGCAAUUAUCCUUUUUGGUUGGCUCAUACGGGUGAGGGACAUUCAGUGUAUUUCACUGUGCCUCAGGAUUGGGAAAUUAGGGGAAUGGCUCUGUGUGUUGUGUAUUUAGCAACACCUGAAACAGUAGCAACUGAGUGUCUUAUUAGUGUAGUAAUGGUUAAUUACACAAAGUACACCAUCCAGUUAUACAAGCGAGACACAGUCAUUUCCUUUAAUGAUGCAGAUUGGCAGGGCAUAAUAUCUCAUUUGGAAGCUGGAGACAAGGUGGAGAUUUUUCUGUCUUUUAGGAAUGAAUUGGUGAUAAAAAACACAGCCGUCUAUCUCAUAAGUUAUGAAUUCAUUGACAUGGAAGUGAAAGCUGUUAGUAAUCCACCUGUUAUGAAGGUUUAUAGCAGGAAGAGGAAUCUUAAGGAUCAAGAAAGCAGCCGGAAGAGACAAUGGUAACAGUAUUAGAAUCAUAAAGAUUUGUUUAUAAUGACACUAAUGAGUCAUCGGAAUAUAAUGACACUUACUAGAAAAGCUGAUUUUCUCUUUUUGGAUGACAAUUAUCCAUUGAUUUUUACCAAAUAAAUUGUUUCUGCUAGGAAGAGACAAA